AUGGACAGACAAUUCCCCAUCAUUGAUCCCAACAUAUGUAUGCACAUUGAAGAAAAGCGUGAUUUCGAUCUCGAUCCCCGUCUCUGGUCUUCCCUUCCAAAGGCAAUGGGCCGCGAGUUUCGAGAACGCUUGCAAGAUUCCCCCACUAUACGUUACGACCCUACAGAACUCGCCCGUCUCGCAGCGGUAAUCAGUGAAAUCCAUCAUGCAAAGUCUCAUGUGGUGACCAACGGGAUGGUGGUCGUCGCAGAAGUCGGUGCUGAACUGUUUCGACUCGGGGAUUCGCAAUCCUACCAGAUUCGCGUUUACCUCAGUCGAAGGCUAGCAGCGCCUAAAGGAGUACACUGUGAGGGCAAGCCAAGGGACGAUUGGACUGGUACACGUUGGCAAUACUUCUUGGAUGAGAAGUGUGAAAUUGUCCCGUGGCCGGACCCAUCUACAUUAGGACGACUGGUACGGGUGACAGAACCGGUCGAUCCGCACGGACCUUGUCUCGACGCGAUUCAGAGGCUCGAAGCACAAGUCAGUAACGCUUUGACAUCCAUCAGCAACACAUCUGAGUCCGCCCAAACUGAGGGCGGCGGAACAGUCGCCACCGACGUCCCAUCCUACAUCGACUAUAGUGUGGGCCCUUCUGACGAUGAGGCAGAUCUCAACACUUCUGCGCCUCCGACCAUUGGAGCUGAAAGGCCGAGUCACAAACGCUCGAUCAGCAAUGCUGGACAAUCAGACGACGGAUCUCGAAGUUCGAAUGGCAAACGGCCGAAGCAAGAGGAACAGGACUAA